AUAGAGCAUUUGUACAAAGUGAAAACAGCACAGCCACAAGGCGCCUUCCAUUGUCUGCCCUCACUUACGGUUCAUAAUCAUCAUCUACAUUUACUUGCAACAGAUCUGAGUUGGAGGAAGGCAACAUACAGUGGUCACUAGCUACCGUAAUAGGGGCGGGAGCUUCCGCGCAGCCCUCCCGUGCCUGAUUUUGCAAAGUUCUGGAAGGGCUGUAGCCCGUGGGCUAUGUGGAACACUCAGCUUUUGACCAGCGCCGACCACCUGAAACCCGCUAGCAUUCUCUGUCCAAUCCACAAUCAUUGUGGUAUCUGAAAGCACUCCUAAAAAGGGGCCUCAAACAGCAUUCAGGCGACCUGAACUGUGCCAAUAGCAUGCAUCAGGUGUAGCAUCAGAGCCAGUGAUUGAAGAAGACGUUUUGCAUCUAACAGGGGCUAAGCCCCCACUUUGCAGCGGGCGGUGCCAGAGUGCUUCCAGGAGUGGGCGGGGUGGGUAGGUACGGAAUCCGCCCCAUGUGAGAGUGGGGCGGCAUGUUUGGGCGCAAGGCAGCGGAGCUGGUCAGGGAGGAGUACCGCGCCGACGCCGACAAGAUCAACACUUACAACGAGGAUCUGGUGAGCCAGGUGCUGGAGGAGACUCGAGAGCACUACUCAUACAUCAGAAACAUCGUUAGUCGGGUGAGCGAGGAACCUAGCGGCUUCGCCGGUGCGGCUCCAAAGGACGGGGCUGCGGUGGCCAUUCACCACGAAAGCAUCUUGCGCAACAAGCGAUGCCUGCUGGCCUAUGCCAACACGCGUGCUGAGAAGGUGCGUGCGCUGCGGUGGCAACUAGGCGCGGUCCUGCCCGAAAACGUGUCCGAGAAGCUGAGCGCAGCUGAGCGGGACUGCUUCAAGGCGUACGACAAGCUGCUGGGGGAGUACAUGGGCACGGGGCCGGACGGCAUCGGCAUCGACCUGACGGUGGACAUGCUUCCCCCGAAGGACCCGUACAUCGAGUGCCAGGUGCUGCGCGACGCGGGCGCCAUGCUGCUGGACGACAAGGUCGUGCACCUCGUGCCGCACACGCGACACUUCAUCAAGCGCGCCGAGGCCGAGCCGCUCAUCGCGCAGGGCAUCCUCUCACAUAUCGAAUCAUGACAUGCGAUUGGUACUGUGUCAAUGUGAUGGGACGGAAGGGACAGCCGUGAGCCGCGACUGUGGCUCCAAAAUCAGGAUGCAAUAAGGUAAACCGUUGGAGGGUAAUGCUCUUCGGUCGAACUUACAUUGCCGCUUACAGGGACGAUCCUGUGCAGAGGUUCCCUCACUGUGUAGCGCUAAACCAGAAAGCAGUCUUUCCACCUUGAGUGGAAUUGUUUUUAGAUGAAAGCCUCCAGAUUUCUCCGGGCUGGAGCUAUUCAAUUUAUUGCUAGUCAACUCUUUGCCCUGUUAUGCGGCCAUCGAAGAUUGCAAAGAACAGGCUAGCUCGGACACGCAACAAUCCCGUCUUUCAAUCCGUGGCUUCCAGUCUUGCGAGGCCGCGGCCACAUAUUUUUAGCGUGGCCCACAUGUGUUAGCAUCUCUCAUCGUACAACUGCCUUUCUGUUUACCGUUAAUGUACGGUGUGGCUGGGCUGUCAGUGGCUUUUUCCCCGCAGCCGGCACCAUGACUUAGUAUGCUCUAACAGGCGGCCACUCUUGGUCUACGUACGGCAACCUUGACACGUCAACUAGCUUAUAAGUACGGCCAGUGACGGCCGGGCCGGGCAGAUAAACUUUGAACGCG